AUGUCUCAGAUCGAAAUCAACCCCAGCAUACUAUCCCAGUCCGCAAACAACACCGUCCUGAUAACCGGCGCUGCGCGUGGCAUUGGCGCCGCAACAGCAGCUCUGUUCAACUACCACGGAGCAAACGUAGUAAUCGCGGAUCUAGCCCAGUUCCAAAAGGCAGCAGAGCAUCUGAUCGAGUCAACGUUUACAAACCCACAGCGUGCAAUAUUUGUUCCCGGGGAUAUUGUUGACUGGGCGCAGUUGACGUCUUGUUUUAAAGCUGCUGUUGAGAGGUUUGGAAGCAUCGACGUUGUUGUUGCGAAUGCGGGGAUUAUGGAGUCGAGUCCCGUUCUCGAUAUGAACUGCGUUGAUGAGAAUGGGGAUUUAAGAGAGAGUACCGAGGCCAAUAGGAUUAUUGAGGUUAACUUGAAGGAUGAUUUGGGAGCAGCACUUCGGUUAGGACUUUUUCACAUGAAACAACCGAGCCAUGCGACAUCAACGUCUUCCAAAUCAAUAGUCUUGGUCGGUUCGACGUCUAGUUAUUUCGGUGGCACAGGAGUCACGGCGUACGUUGCCUCGAAGCAUGGCGUCCUGGGUCUUCUCCGUGCAUCUCAAUCUACGGCUCGUGGCCUUGGAGUCCGAGUUAACGGCAUUGCACCCUUCCUGACUCCGACACAUAUCACGGCUGGGUUUGCGCAGAGGUGGAGAGACCAGGGUCUUGAGGAGAACACGCCCGAGCGUGUGGCUGAGGCGAUUGCGUUGAUUGCUUUGGAUGAGACACGACAGGGGGAUUGUGUUCUGGUCGCUGGCAAGUACCUGCGGGAACUCGAGUCGUCCAGGACGAAGUUGCUUCCUACCUGGAUCGGGGCAGAAGUUGCAGAGUUCAUGGGGCGCACUAUGCAGUUCUUUGUUACUAUCGGCGGAUAUGUACUGCCAAAGAAGUAUUAA